AUGAGAGAUGCUCUUAAUGGUAUUAUUCGUAAAACCCAUGUGGAUAAUGACUUGAAUUUGUCUCACACUGAUGUGAUAUUGGGAUUUAAUGAUAAUACUAGUAUGGAUAAUGUUGUGGGUUUUGUGUGUGGUACUAAAUUAAAUGGUAUUGAUGAGAAGUUAGAUAUUGGGGAUGGAGGGAAGUCUGAUGAGAUGGCUAAGGUGAAUAGUGGGGAUGGCAGGGAGUUCAAUGAGCUUGAGAGUGACACCUCAGGUGCAAAUCCUGUGGCAAUAAAGAAGGGGAUUGAUAAGACUGUACAAGCAUUGGUAGGCGAACUAGAAAACAAAUCUAGGCUUGUUAAGGGUCAUGAUCAUGUUACAGCUGCUACAUGUAUGUCUGCUGGGAGUGAUGUGCAACUUGGAACAAUGAUUGUUGUUGCCAUCGACAAGGCUGGACAAAAAGCUAAGAAAAAGCAAGUGGAUGAAAAGAUUUCUCAACUUUCUACUGAGCUUAAAGAGAAACAAGCUAAAGAACUUGCAUUAUUAAGCUAUAGCAGCACUGACAAUGAAGGUGAACCGAGUAAUCUGGAUACUUUAAUGAAGGUCAUCGCUGGUGUUUCUAUGAGCAGUCACCUUGAGAAUGUAAAGCCUAGCAAGAGUUCAAGGAAAAAAGUGAAAAGGGCUCAGGAGGAUGCAAGAAGGAAACAGAGAAUUCAAGAAGAGCAGAGCAAAUCAAUAAGCAAUCAAAUGGUCGAAGAUGAGAAACUAGGAAAAAGGCUUGAACCCCUUGAUGUGACAAUUACUGAGAUAAAGGUUAGUGGUCUUUGCCUCUACCGUGUUAUCCGGGAUCAGCUAGCCCACCAUUCAGGAGGCUUUUCACCUUACUCAUACCAAGGGCUUCGAGAAAUGGUGGCUGUUUAUAAGUGUCAUGUACCUGAGUUCCCAUCUUUCGUGCCAAACAACCAAGUAGAUGGUGAUUCCGACAACUCACUUGUAGAGAGGUUUGAGAAUUACUGGAAGGAAGUGGAUUCAACGGAAGCAUGGGGAGGACAGCUAGGGCUUGGUGCUUUAACUCAUUGCCUUAAAAAGUCUCUUACUGUAUGCUCAGGAUCAUUCCCUAAGGUAGAGAAUGUGAAUGGCAUCAUUGGACCAGCCCAUUAUAUGGUUCAACAGCUUGAUGGAACUACAAAUAAAUGGAGUUGGUGCAAACAAGAGCUCGGAGAAAACAGUAUAUUGGCAAUGUUUCUUGCUGGUUGUAAAGCAUGUGCCAUUGUAAACAGGAUACCCCUCUUCAAGCACAUAGCCAGUCUUCCUGGAAAAAAGACCUUGGUUCUCCCUGUUCCAAAUAAACCCGGUAGUGAAUAUAAUGGUAUUCUCAAUAUUGGCUGCAUGAGGCAUCCUGAUAACUACAAGUGUGAUGAUCACCUAUUUUUUUUGUACAGAGUUUUCAUUGAGCCUCUGAUUGCUUGCUACUCGAGAUACAUAGAUAAGCAGCCCAGCCUUGGAAGACUUUGGAGAUUAUCUUGGUGGAAUGGUCUACAGCACUUGACACUUGGAUGUCUGUCCUUGUCUCAAAGGUUUUAAUAUUUACAACUUAUGGUGUCAAAGAUGUACAUGCAAGUCAACUCUUCUG